AUGAGCAAACAAGCCCAUACCGUCGAUAUCAGAGAAUCCAAUUCUUCUUCUGAUCCUCCAAAACUUCUGGAAUCAAUCGAACCUAUUGAGCACAAGAAGAGGUUCAGUGAUACUGUCAGAAAUCAUCUUGUUGCAGUUUUAGGUGAAUUUUUUGGUACAUUUAUCUUUUUGUGGAUAGGAUAUACUGUUGCUCAGGUUGCAAACCAUGAUCCUAAUAUCAAAAGUGCUGGUACUUUAGGAUCAGAUCCACAACAAAUUCUCAUGAUUGCAUUCGGUUUUGGAUUCAGUGUCAUGAUGGCUGUAUUUCUCUUCUUUAGAGUUUCGGGUGGUAAUUUUAACCCAGCAGUAACCUUAGCACUUGUACUUGCGGGUGCAGUUCCUCCUGUAAGAGGUGCAUUGAUGUUUGGUGCCCAAAUGGUUGGCGGUAUGGCUGCAGCUGGUGCCGUGUCCGCUAUGACCCCAGGACCUAUCGCAUUUGCUAAUGCUUUGGGAGGAGAUUGUUCCAAAGCUAGAGGUGUGUUUAUUGAAGCUUUCAUCACCACACAAUUGUGCCUUACUGUUCUCUUUGUUGCUGUUGAAAAACACAAGGCGACAUUUAUGGCUCCUUUCACCAUUGGUAUUUCUCUCUUUUUGGGCCACUUGAGUGCAAUUCACUAUACUGGAGCUGGUAUGAACCCUGCAAGAUCUUUCGGAUCCAGUGUCGCCAACGCAUCUUUUGACGAUUAUCAUUGGAUAUACUGGGUUGGACCUUUCUUAGGAUCUUUCAUUUCUUUUGGUAUUUGGAAAGUAUUCAAACUCUUGAAUUACGAAACUUGCAAUCCUGGCCAAGAUGCCGAUCAUUAA